UCCGGGCGACCGUCGCGCCUCUCUUCGCUCCCCGUGGGUGAUUUAUAGACAUUUCUCUCCUCUUCUCCCCCCGCAAAUUCCACUCCCACCCCCCGCGCGCGGACUCUCCUGGCGAUCUCCCUGCGUGUGUGUGUGCGGCGCUUUUCCCUUUUUUUUUCCUCUCGCAACACCCCAUUCACAACCUCGGGCCAUAUCUCUUUUCCGGGACAACUUUCGCUGUGCGUGGCGCAAAAAGCGGCCUCCGAGGGUGAAGAUCUCUCCGUGAAUUACGACUGUCCUCGAGGUGAUUUGCUCGGGUGAAAGCCCAGUGAGUGAAAGUCACACAGGAGUGCGUGUGUCCCAGGAGAGGAGUGAGUGAGUGAGUGAGUGUUAUGCAAAUUUGGUGAAUCUUCUCACGCCCUCGGAGGAAUUCCGGUUGCACUCUGGACGAUAGCAGUGAAUCUUGCUGAGAUAAAUUGACUUGCAGUGAUUUGGAGUACAGUUUCUCGAACUCAAGGCGCUUUUCCUCCUUUUCGAAUUCGCCAUCGAGGCGUUUCCUGUCUCGCCUAUCAUCAACUUCUUGGGCGACGCGCGCGUGUGUGUCUAGUGCUGAAAUUGAAUUUGGUGGAGACGAUGAAAGGAUAAAAUUCCUCCACCCCGACCUCAAUCGUGAAGUGUAUUGACAGGGCGGAAAUAUUAAAAUAGGAAGUUUCACCAUAGACACACUUCCUUCGCAUUACCACGCAAAAUAUACAACACCGUGCGGAACAUUUCGCCCUUGUUGCGUGCGUAAUUUCCCGUGCGUGCGUGUCUGUGUGCUCGCGACGGUGAGCUUUUGCCCUUUCCCGCAUCGCGGAUUAUGGAGAGGAAUAAAAGAAAAUCAUGAUUUGCUGCUGGGAAAUCCAAUGAAGGAAGAAGCGAUGUCUCACUUCGCCUCAGUGUAUCUUCACACGCUGCCGGAACAACUUUAAUUCUUCACCAACCAGUCUUUCACCGAAAAGCCACAAUCAUCCACACCAUGAUGUUCGACGAUGCCAACAAGUGCUGAGGUUGGCUUCGGCAGCUGACAAGAAUUGGCGGGGAUGGGAAGACAAGCGGCCGCCCGUCCCUCGACGACGGGUUCUCACAGGAGGAUUGCUUCCAUCGCCAUCGUGCCACUGCUGUUCUGCUUCUGGCCGCCCGUCGUGGCGCUGGAGCACAAGGCCAAGCAGGAGAAGACACAGCCAUGCGAGCCACGCACGCUGGACGAGAGCCCUCCUGAUCCCUGGUACGACGCCACGGACAUCACCCUCAGCACUGCGCGCUCCCUGGCCGAGUAUCUGUCGCUGAAGCCCACGCAAAAUGAGGUUCGCCAGAAGGCAAAUGCUUUAGCGAAGAGCGCUCUCAAGGAGGACGAGAACUUCCUGGCAGUCGCCAUUGCCGCUCCCACCGUUUCCCUCGGCGUCGUUCAGUUUCGCGACCAAGUGGACCGUCCGCCCCAUUCCCAGUUCAACCACAGCUUCCUGGCCACGUACUGGCGCGAAUUGGGCAUCGCGUGGAACCACACAGAUGGCUCGCAGUUCUGGGGAGUGCCGUUCAGAGACUGCGGGCCCCUCGUGAACCGCUGGCUCUGGCCGUUCAGCGUCACCAUCCACGAGCACGGCUACAAGGUCGUGGCGUCCUCCUUCAUAGCCGCCGACCAGGAUCAGUGCAAUGACGCCCUGGAGGCAAUCUUCGGCCAGAAGCACCGCUGCGACCGCGAGACCACCUUCUGCCUGCAGGGCGACGUGGACGUGGACGCGCCGCGCAAGGGCGGCUACACGUGCGUGUGCAAGCAGGGCUUCUUCGUGCCCAACCAGACGCUGCAGGGCUUCGAGGGCGAGAAAGUGGAGGCGGGCAGCGCCAAUUUCAGCUGCAUCCCCUGCCCGGGUGGGUGCACGGAGUGCAGCAACACGGGUGAGUGUCUGUUCGGGGACGAACAGGAGGUGCUCUCCACCGAGACGCUCUUCAAGUCGUCAAUUGGAGCAAUAUUGGGCGCUUGCAUGCUGUGCUGCUUCGUGCUGGCCGUCAUUGUGUUCCGUCAAAGGAAGUGCAAGACCAUCGCCACGGGAAUGUGGACUGUGCUGGAGACAAUCCUCUUUGGAAUAAUACUGCUCUACGAGGCUGUGGCUCUUCAUUUUUUACCUGCCUCCACCCUCCGAUGCCUCCUGGAGCCGUGGUGUCGCGAGCUGGGCUUCGUCAUCUGCUACGGUGCCAUCAUCCUGAAGCUCUAUCGUCACCUCAUUGAAUUCCGCACACGCAAGGCUCACCGGUGGGUGGUGCGCGACCUGGACCUCCUCAAGUAUCUCUGCGCCAUGAUUGUGGCGGUGCUGUGCUACCUGUCGGCCUUCACGGCCUCCGCCAUGGACUUCCUGGAGCACGGCGGGCUGCUGGGCCUGGAGGAGGACGACACCAACACCUGCCGCCCGCUCAAGUGGGACUACGUCACCCAGGCUGGCGAGAUGUUCAUCCUGGCCUUCGGCCUCCACCUCGGCUACGCCAGCCGCAAUGCCAACACGCAAUUUCGGGAAAGACAAUUCCUCGUCAUUUCCAUCUCGAUUGAAUUCAUAGUGUCAUCAAUUUUUUAUACAAUGAGAGCACUGUAUUUGCCAGAACUCAGUCCAAGUGAAAUAUUUCUGGCGCUGUUCUUGCGAUCUCAACUCACCAACACCGUCACGUUGGGAUUAAUAUUUCUGCCAAAAUUGUGGUAUCAACACAAACAGGGGUCCCACGAUGUCUCCCACCACGGCGGCGGGGGAAGUGGCGUCGGCGGCGCUGGGGCGUGCAUCCUCGGCGACCCGGACAUCGGUGACUUGAGCCUGUCCGAGAUGAACCCGGAAGAUAUAAGAGCAGAGCUGAAAAGACUGUAUACACAAUUAGAAAUUCUGAAAAAUAAGACACUGCGACAGGAUAAUCCGCAUAUUAGCAAAAGACGAGGAGGCAGGAAAGUUGCUCACCGGAGAUUUUCACUUCAGAAAAAAGGAAGUAAGGAUAAGGCCCUCAGUGCCAAGCACCGGAGCCACAGACACAAUGCCCACGACAUGGAAGUGACCGAGGCCGAGCCGUCGCGCACGCCGGAGGACUCCGUCUGCAGCGGCGAGGGCCCCACGGACACCGGCGGCGAGAUGUCCGCCGUGUCAGUGUCCAAAUUAGGGUAGAUUUCAAAAGGAUUUAGAAGAAUUUCUGUUUGCUAAAUUUUGUGUACAGUGAGAGAGAGAGAAGAGGGCAAAGCAUAAAAUGUGAAGAGUAAGAAAUUAUUG